UCAAAAACGACCCAACAGCUAUCUCCCCCCUUCUCACAACCUGAUUCUAAACCCCACAAGAACGAAAGAAAAAAAGAAAGAAGAAAAAGAAAAUAGAUAGAUGACAGUAACAUGAUAUGUGCAUCGUUGAAGCGUGAAAUUGGAUUGAUUUUGGGAAAGGUGUUGCGGUUUCUUUUUAGAUCGUUUUUAAGAGCUAUGGGUUGUUUCUUUACCUGCUUCCGAACCAAAGACGAUCGCUUUAAUCGGUCUCGACCGCACGGCAUCUCCUCCGAUUCUCUUCGAUCCGAACCUACUCUUCAGGAAGCUGGGGUGAUUAAAAACCGUUUAUCAUCUCUAUUUAUAUCUGAAGAGAAAGAAGAAUCUCCGCGUGGUGAUAUUGAGAAUCCGUGUUUAGGAUCUCCACAGGUCAAUAAGGGACUCAGGGAUGAGGCUAAAUUUCUUAAAGCUUGUGGUACUUUGCCAGAGACUCCAACUGAAAUUCGGAAAGCUUGCGAUAAGUUUAAAGGUUCACCAGGGCUUGACAAAUAUUCAGAUUCUUCAAAGUUCCAUUCAUGGCUUCCCAACACAUCGAUGGAGAAACUUCAGUUGGAUAAUCAAGAUGAAGACUCACGUACUCCGGUUAAACUUUGGGAAGAACUGGGGAAGGGUUCAUUUUCUUCUGAGCAGACACCUAGCAGCUGCAUGACAAAUGUACAAUCCAGAGAAGAUAGUGAGUCAGGGAGUCAUAAAAGAAUGACCAAGGUUCAAUCAGAUGAGAUUGAUAACGUUGCUACUGGGGCUCCAUGGCUUUCAGCAACAAAUGUUCAGAGCAGGAACAGGUCUGUUCGCUUUGAAUGUGAUUUUGAUACAUCUUCCUCUAAAGGGUCGCCUGAAAAUGGUUGCCAAGUUCCUAGGAAAUAUGAAUCUCCAGGGAAUUUGAGUGUUUCAAAGCCUUCUCCUAAACCGACCCCAUUAAAAAUUUCAGACGACAUGCAAACUCCCGGUACUGUUUUUCCUGCAAACUUGGAAACUCUAGCAAAUGGAAAGACUAGGAUCAGGUCCCAAUAUGUUUAUUCGGUCUUGAACCCUGUUGAAAAUGCCUCUCAAUGGAAGUUACUGAGGGAAGAUGAUUCUAACUCACAUGAACAGUCAGGUGAGCUGAGAGAAUCUCUUGAGCAGUCUGAAAGUGCAACUCCUAAACCAGAAUGGGGAGUCAAAGAAACAUCCUCUGGGAAAGAUUUGAUGGUGGAAGCGAGCUUGUCUUCUUGGGUCAAACCACCACAAUCCACAACUGGUGAGGAUAAACCAAAUAUUGGCACUGCUGCUGGCAAAAAUUUUAGUUCUGGUAGAACUCCUGGGGACAGGCCUAUCAUUGGAAUGGUUGCUGCUCACUGGAAUGAGAAUGAAGCUUCUCGAAUCUCCCCGAAGUGGUGGGAUGGAAAUGGGAUUCCAAAUUCGACAAACAAAUAUAAAGAGGAUCAGAAGGUAAGUUGGCAUGCAACACCAUUUGAGGAGAGGUUAGAGAAGGCAUUGUCUGAAGAGAGUUUCAUCCCACAAAGGAAGCCUAUCAGCGGGAGACCCGUAGUUUUUGACGAAUGCGAGGAAAGUGACACUGCUCUAUCUCGUUUGCAAGCUUCAACACAGGCCAAGUCAGUUGUCUCGUUCUGAUGCUUGGUGGUAGACUGGUGGUUUUGUCUCUUUGCAAUCUGUUUUUGGUUUGCAAUUGAUGUACUGCGAAAGCCAUGUAGUUCUUAAACCUGAAUCACUGUUUACACACCGCUGCCAUCCUUGGUUUGUAUUGGGAGGCUGAACGAUCAAACUGAUAAAGAAAUGCUCGAGGCUUGACAGUAAUGUCAGCAGCCGGGAACUGCUUGUGAUGUACAUCGGUAAUGGAUAUUAGUACUGGUCCAUUGGAUUAACGAUGCUAAGAUUUUGGAAUCUUUGGUAGUUUUUUUUUU